AUGCCAAAAGGCAAAUCAGCGAAAAGAACAUCAACCCCUGAACAAUCGGCUUUGGGCACAACACCAAAAGUUGACCCCUCCAGGCCAACCACAGAGGAACGUGCGAAUACGAAGAACUAUAUCAAGAAGAUUUACAUCAAGAAAAACAAAUCAACGAAAAUCUUGAUGCAAAAAAUGAUUAAGAAGGGGUUUCAUGCAACAAGCAAAAUUUAUAUCACUCAGUUCAAGAGAUGGGGUACAGAGUUCAACAAGAACAAAAAUGCGGACGGUACAAGACCUGUCUCCAAUACCAGUGCUCCCAGAACACGACCCAGGGGUUGCAUCGUCCAAAUCCCACAAAGUGCCCAUGUUCCUUACCUACAACCUCAUCCAUCCAUGGCCGUCAAAUUAUCUGACGGAUAUGAAAUACAAAAAAAUAUUCUAAACUCAGCAGAAGUCUACAUAUAUGGACUGUUCAAUAAUUUCAACCUCUCCGCGGAUAUGUUCAGCAUCAUGGUCCCUAUGAGUAGGACAGAUAAUUCGCUAGCCUGGCAACAGAGGCUGGAAGACAUGGUUGGUGCCGAGAAGGACUAUGGGAUGAUCAUCAAACUUUGGCCUAUAUGA